CCUUUGCUCGCGCCCCUUCAGAUUCCUGCUAUAAUAUCUCGAGCUCCUCCUCCUCCUCCUCCUCCAUCGGAGCGCCAAGGAGGCAAAAGAUCCCAACUUGGCCGUCCGCUUCGAUUCCUGCGUUGAUCCCGAGAUGGGUCUUCGAAUCGUGGGUCAGAUAGAGCGGUUGAACGGCAGAGAACUGACAUAUCAGCAGUUCGUGGAGCGAUACUUGCGCAAGAACCAGCCGGUGGUGCUCACGGGCCUCAUGGACGAAUGGAGAGCUUGCAAGGACUGGGUCACCCGCGACGGCCGCCCCAAUCUCCCUUUCUUCGCUACCCAUUUCGGCAAAUCCAGAGUUCAGGUAGCUGAUUGUGGGACGAGAGAAUUUACGGACCAGAAGAGAGAAGAGAUGUCGGUCUCAGAGUUUGCGGAGCGUUGGCUUAUGGGGUGCGAGCCGGAGGAUAGUGACGUUUCAACCGGUGACAGACCGCGCGUGCUUUAUUUGAAGGAUUGGCAUUUUGUGAAAGACUAUCCCAACUAUGUAGCAUACACAACACCGGUAUUCUUUCAUGAUGAUUGGCUCAACCUGUAUCUUGAUUGUUAUCGUAUGCAUACGGAUCCCGAAAUGUACCAAGAGUCUGAUGAUAUAAGUUGCUCUGAUUACCGUUUUGUUUACAUGGGAGCAAAAGGAUCUUGGACUCCUCUUCAUGCUGAUGUGUUCAGGUCAUAUAGCUGGUCUGCGAAUGUGUGUGGGAAGAAACAGUGGCUUUUCCUGUCUCCCUCACAGCGUCAUCUUGUGUUCGACAGGAAUAUGAAAAACUCUGUGUAUGAUAUCUUCAGCGAUGUGAGCGAAAUGACCUUUCCUGGUUUUAAGGAGACAAUCUGGACAGAGUGCAUCCAAGAGGAGAAUGAGAUUAUCUUUGUUCCAAGUGGAUGGUACCAUCAAGUUCAGAAUUUAGAGGAUACCAUAUCCAUAAAUCAUAACUGGUUCAAUGCGCAUAACUUAUCCUGGAUUUGGGAUUUGCUCUCAAGGGACUACGAUGAUGCAAAGGAGUACAUAGAGGACAUUCGGGAUAUAUGUGAUGACUUUGAAGGUCUUUGUCAGCGCAAUCUUGCUGCAAAUACAGGCAUGAACUUCUUCGACUUUCUUAUUUUCGUAACACGUUUUGCCUUUGCAUACUUGGGCCAACUGUGCUAUCUUUUGAGAGGCGAUGAUGAUACCAUCCAACACUCAUCCUUAACAGUGCAGCAAUUAGCUUUGAACCUAGCUUUCAUAAGAAAGAUUGCAAUGAAAAUGAAAGAUGCAGAGGGCUUUGAAAAACAUCAAGACAUCCUGGAUACAGCAGAAACUUUAAACGACCCCAGGUUCUCUGAAUUGUGCAUUAAAGUUGGCAACACAUACAGGAUGAUCCUUGAACCACAACCUUGGAGUUAUAACACAGCCAAAGCCUGCAUAGAUGUUUCGGGGGACUUUGACUUUCUCAAAAAAGGGUCGCUGGUUUGCACUCCGGGUGAUCUAGUGAGUUGUAUAGACAAUGCUGUUGAAAACCUGAAUAGGAAAGGCAGCAAAGGCAGCAUUCAUUUGGGGGAAUUAGCAUGAGGUUAUGUUCCCUUGCGAAGAUUAAAGCCCUCACUUUGAACCUUUGAGGUUACUUUGUCCAAGAAAUUCUUGUAAUGUAAUGAAUGAAGUUCUUUCUGCA